AUGACACAUGCGUAUCGUUGCGACUUCUACGUGCCUGGUACCGUGCCAUUAACCACUAUGAUGGCAAUUCGAAUUCGUCACAUAGUCGCAGUGUUAUAUUCCAAAUACCACUUGGGAGUGUACCUGGGAAAGAGUUCUAAUAGCACGAUGUCUCCACUAGGCUCACAUCAGCAACCAACGGUCACGUAUCUCUUAACAAUUCAAAUUUCAUUUGCCCCGCGCUACGACACUAGAUGGCUGAAAUUCACUCUCCAAGCUUUUAGUGGAGGACGAACAGAUAAUGUAAAGUCAUCAUACAAAUCGUCUUCCGGUCUCUCCUUGAAAAAUUCUCAUCUAGACCUUGUAUGCUUUCGGUAG